UCUUGUUUUUACCAAAAUGUCUUCAAAUAUAAAUAUUAUUUUGUUUAUUGUGAAAAUAUAUUUUACAACCAUUCAAAAGUAUGUAGAAUUGGAAAAUGCUUGCGCUGAAACCAUUUCCCUUUAACGUGCACGAAGUGAGUUUUUAUUGAAUAUGAUGUGGUUUUGCUUGAAUCAACAAUGGAUGAUAUUAACAAUUUUGGAGAAACCGCAUACUAAAAUGCAUUGGUAGACCAACAUUUCCUAGUUCUUGUUAUUCAAUUGAUUGCCAAUGAAAUGGGGAGGAGUUCUUUAGGAACAAUUUUCGCAUGAAGCGCAGUAGCUUCAACAAGCUAUGCGGCCUUCUUUCAUGUUUGGAAAGGAAAGAUACAAAUUUUCGGAAAGCAAUUAGCCUUGAGAAGCGGGUAGCCAUUGCUCUGUAUGCCCUGGGAUCAUCUUCUGAGUACCGCAGUGUGGGUAAUAUGUUCGGAAUUGCAAAAUCGACUGUAUGCUUAAUCGUGAUAGAGUUUUGCAAGCAAGCAUGGAUUGUAUUACAUCCUGUUUACCUUAAUCACUUCCCUCUCAGUAGAGAAAAGAUACGAGAGUGCAUGUCUGGGUUCAACCAAAUUGGGUUUCCUCAAUGCAUUGGUGCAAUUGAUGGUUGUCACAUAGAAAUACAUCCAAAACAUGAUGAUUACUUCAUUUACAAAGGGUGGUAUUCCACCGUGCUUUUGGCUUUAGUUGACGCCAGAUAUCGUUUUCUUUAUAUUAAUGUUGAUAGUCCAGGAAAAUGCAACGACUCAUUCAUUUACGAGAGGUCAUUAUUAAAGCAAGAGCUGCAUAACUGUGCUUUGCUUAAUAAAAUGAGUAUUCAAUUGGAGUCAGUAAACAUUCCGGUGUUAAUACUAGGAGAUUCUACAUUUCGUCUAUCCCCAAACUUAAUGAAACCUUUUCCGUUUAGUCUUAACAACACCUCUGCACAAAAAAAAUUCAACUAUCAACUGUCUAAAUGUCGCAGGGUAGUAGAAAAUGCGUUUGGUCAUUUAAAAGCACAGUAAUGGGCUUAAAAUUACCUUUAUUUGCAUAUUGAACUUUUUUAUAUACAUAUAUGUGUAUACAUAUACCAAUGUAUGUGUGUUUAUAGAUUCCGCAGGGUUGGUAAAGGAAUUGAUAACAACAUCCAAAAUGCGAAUGCAGUUAUAAAGGCAUGCUACACGUCACACAACUUUUUAAUUGAGGAGAAAGAUGACAUGCCUACAAUUUGGUUAAGCGAACAA